AUGGAUUUGAAAGUAUCCUGGAUAACCAUACUUCUGCUCAUUUGUGAUUUCUUUGCUAUUCACUCUGAAGUUAUUGUUGAAAAUAAUCAAGCUCAAUAUAUAUUUAAGCCUUUCGAAUUCUCCUACGAAUCCAGCGAUGGCCUCGGUACCACCCAGCAUCGAAAAGAGACCGGAGACGAGAAAGGUUCUGUUAAAGGAUCUUACGGUUUCACUGAUUCAUCAGGCUUAUACAGGGCUGUGGACUAUGUGGCAGACAAAUUAGGAUUUCGAGCAGUGGUUAACACCAAUGAACCAGGAACCUCUGAGCAGAAUCCUGCCGACACUGUGUGGCUAGUGAAGCCACCACCAGAAGUAAUUGCUCCAAAAUCAAAUUUUCUUGAGAAAGUAUUGAAUAAACCCUCUCUGCCUGCUCAGUCAUCCACAGCUAACUUCACACCGGAAGCAAGUCCUUCAUCCCUUUCGAAUGCCAUGUUCUCAUCUCUUAGACUUCAGCCAUUGAGAAGUCACUACGCCUAUCAUUCUCUUUCUCAUUCGACUCCUAGAGCCUUUGUUGUAGUUCCGACACCAACUUUUUACAAUACGCCUGUAUUCUCAAAUUUCUUAAAUAACCAUGUUCAUUUCUCUCCAAGACGUAUUAUUUAUAAGAAAUGA